GACGAAGACUGCUUCUAUUUUCUGUAUUCCUCUACGCCAUGCUUUGAUACGCAGUGGAUUCUUCCACUAGUGUUAUCUUAUGAUCUGCCUGCGGCCUGACGUCAGCGGGCGCUUUUGUUGAGCCGCGCUUGUCCUAAGAGCAUCCAGACCACGAGCAAAAGAAACGACUCGUAUGGAUGACUUGCUUUUGCGGCUCUGCCUGCAAGAAAUUCGGUACAGAAACCUGUUGCACACGCAGGGGUCGAAGAAGCUACUGUCGGGCUGCGCCACUACGUAAUUAAGAACCACGGUACUCGUAGCCAUGCGGUCUCUUCAAAUAGCGGCGGUGGAAGCACGCUUUGCGACUGAGCAUCAAUCCACACUGAAUAGCUCCAGCAUCACAUAACAAACAUGGGUUCUGACGAGCAGCAACACACACCAGACAACCACACCCUGUUCCAGGGUUUUGAGUGGAACGUGCCCGCUGACCAGAAGCACUGGAAGCGUCUCAUUGCAGAGGUUCCCAAGCUCAAGGCUAUUGGUGUCGACAACAUCUGGCUCCCGCCCGGUUGCAAGGCCGCAUCACCAGAAGGCAAUGGAUACGAUAUCUACGAUUUGUACGACCUAGGCGAAUUCGACCAGAAGGGUCAGAGGAGCACUAAGUGGGGUACCAAGGAAGACCUAGUCGAGCUCUGCAAGGUCGCAAAGGAGAAUGGGAUAGGGCUUUUCUGGGACGCUGUCCUCAAUCACAAGGCCGGAGCUGAUAACACCGAGAAAUGCCGCGUUGUAGAAGUCGAUAACAACGACCGCACGAAGGAAGCGUCCGAAGCAUAUGAGAUCGAAGGAUGGCUAGGUUUCGACUUCCCCGGCCGUGGUGACAAGUACUCUUCCCAAAAGUACCACUGGGAGCAUUUUUCGGGGACAGACUACAAUCAAGCCAACGAGAAGAAGGCCAUUUACAAGAUUCUCGGUGACAACAAGGGCUGGAGCGCAUCGGUCGACUCGGAAAGCGGAAAUGCCGAUUACAUGAUGUUCGCUGACAUCGAUUACUCCCAUCCCGAGGUCCAGGCUGAUGUGAAGAACUGGGGUAUUUGGAUUACCAAGGAGCUUGGCUUGAAGGGCUUCCGUCUUGACGCUGUGCAGCACUUCUCCGAGCGCUUCACCAACGAAUGGGUCGAUAACUUGCGCGACGAGUGCGGGAAAGACAUCUUUAUCGUCGGUGAGUUUUGGUCCGGCGACGCAAAACUCAUGUGCGACUGGCUCGAGGACAUGGACCACAAGUUCUCCCUCUAUGACUCCCCCCUUCUCAACAAUUUCUCGCAGCUCUCCAAGACACCCGACGCCGAUCUGAGGAAAGUUUUCGACAAGACACUCGUCUCGAUGAACCCUAUCAGCGCCGUCACAGUCGUGACAAACCACGACACUCAGCCCGGUCAGACCGUGGAGACACCUGUUGAGGGCUUCUUCAAGCCUCUCGCGUAUUCCCUCAUUCUGCUCAGGAAGGAAGGCUACCCCUGUCCCUUCUAUGGCGACCUGUACGGUCUUAAGGGCGAGCACGCCGCCGACCCAGCGUGUGGCGGAAAACUUGCCGAUCUCAUCCUCGCGCGUAAGCUCUACGCAUAUGGCUCGCAAGAAGACUACCUUGAUGACGCUAACUGCAUCGGUUUCGUGCGCCGAGGCACCUGGGACAAGAAGGCCGGUCUGGCGUGUGUGAUGAGCAACCAGGGGCCGGGCGAGAUCAAGAUGGCGGUUGGUGAGAUGCAUGCUGGUGAGAAGUGGACAGAUAUCUUGGGCUGGGAGCAGGGCGAGGUUGAGAUCGAUCAGGAUGGCUAUGGGUUGUUCAAGUGCCCUGGCACUAGUGUCGCGGUGUGGGUCAGGGCUGAUGCUGAGGGGAGGGAUAGGUUCCCGACGAACUUCGAUGCUGAUAUCUACAGUAAGGCAUAAAUGCAUUGAUGGGAAUAGACAGGUGACUUAGACUAGAAUUAAAUGAUAGUACCGUGGCGAUAUACAGAGUCGCGCAGCGAUGGGACACGAUCACGCAAAGCCAAAUUUAAACUUGUGUGAGGUACAAUCUCUACUU